AUGAAUAGCAAGCGGAUCCUGGUGAUAGCCGGCUCGGACAGCUCUGGUGGAGCUGGCCUCGAGGCCGACCAGAAAGUAAUCGCUGCCCACGGCUGCUAUGCCAUGACUGCGACGACCGCUCUCACGGCACAGAACACGCAGGGUGUCUACGACAUCCACCGAACGCCUUCUUCCUUCGUCCGCAAGCAGAUUGACGCGUGCGUUGAGGAUAUCGGCGUCGAUGUCGUCAAAACAGGAAUGUUAGCGUCGGCUUCGACGAUCGAAGUCGUCGCCGAGGCGCUGAAGAGGCACAACGUCCCUAUAUCCAUUGUCGACCCUGUCAUGGUCUCGACAAGCGGUGCGCAGCUACUACCUGAAGAUGCCGUCGAGAUAUUAAUUACGCGGCUGUUGCCCGUAACCACGCUGCUGACCCCGAACCUGCCGGAAGCUCAGCUCAUCCUCAAGUGUGCCGGCAGGCCUGUCGGUGACCCGCAGAAUGUCGAUGAUAUCGUGUCUAUGGCGAGAGCCGUGCGUGAACUAGGCCCUAAGAACGUCCUACUCAAAGGCGGACACGUACCCUUGACGAAAGACAGGGUCGUGCCGACGGGUGAGGCGGAUAGACAGAUUGUCCUGAACGUGCUCGUUGGUGAAGGCGACGACGUCAUUUUCGAGACGGCCUACUUGAAGUCGAGCAACACUCAUGGAACCGGGUGUUCACUGGCCUCGGCGAUUGCGUCGAGGUUGGCCUCUGGCAUGGCUAUUGAGCAGGCCGUGAAGACGGCCAACUACUACAUUGAAGCUGGUAUCCGUACCAGUCAAGAUCUUGGAAAGGGUAGUGGCCCUAUCAACCAUUUCCAUUCGACGUAUUUCCUGCCAUUUGCACCCGGUCGCUUCCUUGAAUACCUUCUUGACAGAGAGGACGUCAAGGGUCCGUGGCGGGAGCACACGCAUCAUUCCUUCGUGCAGGGGCUUGCCGAUGGAACCUUGCCACUUGGAAAGUUCAAGAAUUAUCUCAUUCAAGACUAUCUUUUCCUGAUCCAGUUCUCAAGAGCAAACGCGCUUGCUGCGUAUAAAGCGAAGAACCUGGCCGAUAUCAAUAAGUCGGCCAAAAUUGUCCAGCACAUCCAAGAGGAGAUGGGUUUGCACAUCAAGUACUGCGGAGGGUUCGGUCUGACGAAGGAGCAGAUUGAAAGUCACAAGGAGCACCCAGCGUGCACUGCGUACACCAGAUACGUGCUUGACAUUGGCCAAUCAGAGGACUGGUUCGGCUUGCAAAUAGCACUCAUGCCGUGCUUGAUCGGGUAUGGACACAUCGCGAGAAGACUGUUCGACGACCCGCAGACCAAGCGCGAGGGAAACACGUACUGGAACUGGGUGGAGCAGUACGUGGCAGAGGACUACACGGAUGCGGUCAAGGCCGGGCUGGAGAUCAUCGAGCAACACGCGGUACUGCAGUCACCGAGCAGGAUAGAGCAGUUGGUGCAGAUUUUCAUUCACGCGACGAAGAUGGAGACGGGCUUUUGGGACAUGGGGUCUUUGUAG